AUGGAUCCCGUGCUUAUCGUCGGUGCUGGCAUUGUCGGCUUGACUCUGGGCCAGGCACUAAAACAGAAGAACAUUCCCUUUGAGAUCUACGAGCGCGAUGCCACGCCCGAUGCCCGCGGUCAGGGAUGGGCUAUCACGCUGCACUGGGCAUUGGAGUAUAUGUGGAAGAUGUUGCCUCAAGAGACCCUCGCCCGCAUUCAAGCCGUCCAGGUGGAUCCGGACGUGGCCCGGAAUGACAAUGGCAACUUCCUCUUCAUCAAUCUCGAGACCGGGGAACCCAAAUAUAAGAUUCCCCCAACACGUCGGGCACUGCUGCAGGGAAUUGAGGAACAUGUCCACUGGGGCCGACGAGUGGUCAGCCUCACCUUGCCAACCGACUCGGAGAAGGUGCAGCUGGUGUUUGAAGAUCAGACAACAGUCACAGGCCGCAUCGUAGUCGGCGUGGAGGGCAGCCGGUCGGUGGUGCGGCAAGUUCUGCGCCCGGAUGCAUUCAACAACUCCCCUCUGAACAUCAACUUCACCGGAGUCGCCGUGGACUUGACUCCGGACCAGAUCGAGCCCUUGCGGGCGAUGGAUCCCUUGCUCUUCCAGGGCUGCCAUCCACCCACGGGGGUCUUUUUCUGGUUCUCCAUGCUAGAAACACCCCAAGUGAAUGGCACAGCAGGAACAACAGAGGAACGGUAUCGAGCGCAAAUAUGCAUGUCCUGGCCAGUUCGAGGGCCGGGAGAUGAGAUCGCCGGAACCGAUGAAGAUCGCCUGGCCAAUAUGAAACGCCGUACCCAAGGAUUUGUGCCUUUCUUGCGAGAGUCAGUAGAGCGCAUUCCAGAGGGCACGCCCGUCACGGAAAUCAAAUUGGCAGAUUGGGAGUGCCUAUCCUGGGAUAACCAUGCGGGUCGAGUCACUUUGGCUGGUGAUGCUGCUCACGCGAUGACAAUGUACCGAGGAGAAGCGGCGAACCACGGCAUACUUGAUGCAUACCACCUGAUGGAAGCCAUUGUAAAGAUCUACGCUGGCUCAGCAACGCCAUCGGUCGCCAUCGACGAGUUUGAGAAAGAAAUGAGGACCCGAACUAGUCGCGCCGUGCGUUUGAGUCGGCAGGCGUGUGUAGAUGCACACGACUGGAGCCGACUGGAUGAGACCUCUGCCAUUUUAACGAAGAGGGCCAUUGUCGGGGAAUGA